CUGAAACGUCGGCGUCUGUCCGCUCUGAGGCUUGUCCCAGGGAGGGCAUGGAGGUCCAACUGAAGGAGGCCCCGCGGGAGUGGAGAGGGCGCUCCAGGAGUUCAGGUCCCGGCUUGAGAAGCUGCUCCUCUCCGAGCACUUCGUGUUCCCCGACAGCCCUGGUGCCCGGGAGCCUCAGAGAGGACUUGGCCCGGCCCGCCCCGGGUUUCGGUCGCGCACCCCUCUCUAGCCGGGAAGUCGAACUCCGCGUUCCGCUCUCGGAAUCCGGGCCUCCAGCUGUUGGAGGGAGGGCGGGCAGGCUCCACCGGGAGGGAAGCGGUUGUGAAACUCGGCCUUAGGGCGUACGUGGGUGCACGGCCAGAGGGGGUGGGAUUGCUGCAGAGGGUUUGGGGAGCGGCAAUGGGAGGUGGCCUUUCCCCAAUCCCCACCCAGCGUCCCUUCCACUAGGGUUCUUUCUCCUCAGCCUCCAGGAAGAAUUGACACAAUGUGAAAAUACGUAAACUGGAAAGAAAACUUUUUCCUCCUGUUAGCUCACGUGUGUGGAGUUGGGGCCUCCUGAGACGUGCAGGCCUUCCCCCCCUCUCCCCCGAAUCUUAUAAACUGUGGAGCAGAGGGGCUGUGUGGCCAGCUGAUCUGUGUUUGUACUGAACAGUGAGCCCCAGGGUGAGGCUCCACCUUGGUUAACCCUUGAUCCUGUGGCCUGUUUAAUUACUCUUUGCUUUAGGUCGUCCCCAAAUGAGAGAUGCAGCUUUAUUUUCUGUCGUUUGUAAUAGUUUUCAGACCACGGAGCCUUUUCUCUUAGAUGCUUACAUCCCGAGUCUGCCUCUCAUUGUGAAUCACCCCUGUGUGACCCCAUUAUUGGAGACCAUUGCGCUCUCCUGGAUUCCUGCUUCUGUGUCCUUCUCUCAGAGUUAGUAUUGUAGUUAUGUUUAACCUCAAUGGCCUAUGUGACAAGUUAAACUAAUUUCCUGUUUGGGACAUUGAGGAGAUUGUUGCUGUCCUUUUCAUCAUUAGAAACCAGGGAACGUGGAGAAGAGCCAAAUCAACUCUAUCCCUGUUCAAAUUAUGGGAACCAAGGAACAAGUGGGUCAAGUGACCUGCCCAAGGUUACCUGGUUUCCCAGGCCAUCAUGCUUUUUGCUACACCAACAUCAUACUUUUAGUGUUUUCUUUUUCAGGAUGAAUAACCCGCAUCCCUUCCUCCUAGGUCUUAUUCUGUAAGUUCUUGAAUUACUUAGUGUAUCUUCUCUGACUUCUUUUCAUUUCUUGUGAAAUUAUGGAGCCUUAUACAUGAUGCAAGAGUCUAGCAGAGGGCUCAUAAUGAAAUUCAGUUUGGUCUCCAUUAUCUGUGGUGUAUUCUAUCCUUUGGGUUUUUUAGGCAGUGCUUUUUAACAUACUAAGCAAGAUAAAGAUAGAAGGGAAAGCCUGUCAACAUUCCUUCAACUUGCAUACUUUUUUAAAUCUAAGUAUGACUUCUCCAUUAUUGCUCACAAAGAGAAGUUGACUAUCCGGUGUUCUGCUGUUUAAGGGAUAUUUUUGCCAGAGAUGGAGGACUAGCUACAGAGGUAAUACCAUGGAAUCAGAGUGUUAGGGAUCUCACAGCUUCUAGGCAGUCCUUCAGAGGAAGAAAUUGAGACCCAUAGGGAUUGGUGGGAUCUGCUUAUAGCCUGCUGAGGGUUUUAUACACCCAAAAUGCUCACUCAUCUUGCACCACAGUGCAGAUGUCUUUGUACUUGGUAGUGUGGAUCAGAUGUGUCACUUGGCUAAAAGAGUGUAAAAAUUCUAGCAAAUCAAAACUAAUUUUGAUUUCUGUGCCUUGCAGGCAAAUGUCAUUAAUAACAGAACCUCAGGAACUUGGGUCAGGGUUAAAAAGACUAUUGUUCUAUUUUAGAAAAGGAAGGUGUGGCAGAUUGUUUUGUCCCAAAAUAGUCACCCCAUCAAUAUCCCAUUCCACUUGUUGUUACAGUUGGACUUUGUUCUCACCCACCAGUGGUGGGAUCUGUGGUUUUUUCCCUUUGAGUAUGGGGAGGCAGUCAUGAUUCUUCUGACCUAUGAGUAGGCAGAAGUGAUCCAAGACUAGAUCAUGAAAAGGAUAUAGUCUCACCUGGUUUACUCUCUUUCUUGGAACACUCAUCUUUGGAACCCAGCCAUCAAGUUCAGAGGAAACCCAGGCCACGUGAAGAGGCCACGUGGAGGUGUUGCAGCCAGCACUUCAGUUAACCAUGCUAACAUCAACCUGCAGACAUGUGACAGAAUAAGCCUUUAAGCCAGGCCCCAGCUUUUUGAGUCUUCCAGCUGAGGUCCUAGACAUCAUGGAGUAGAGACAGGUCAUCUCCUCUGUGCUUCACUGUCCAAAUUCCUGACCUGUUGGAACUAUGAGAGAGAAUAAAUGAUUGCUAUUGAUUUAAGCCAUUAAAUGUUUUUAUUCAACAAUAGCUUCUAAUAAGGAAAGGAAUAUGAGUUGAGGCAGGCCUCAACUUGGACUUGGGGCGUGAGCACAGAGGACAGGAAGAACACUGGGCUGUGCUUAUCAAAGCUACUUAGAUUCUCUUUUACUCAUUAUUUCAGAUACUUUUUGCUGUAUCUCAAAUCACAUCAAAAUAUUAAAGCUUAAAACAACAGAAUCAUUUUAUUACUAUCUUAGCUAUGUGGUUCUUGGUCAUAGUCUUUUAUGCAGUUGAAGUCAGAUGUGGCCAGGGCUGGGAUCAAACCUUUCAGAUGCUUGCUGUCUACUAGAACCUUAGUUUGGGUUGUGAGCUGGAAUACCUAUAGGUGUCCUGUCCAUGUGGCUUGGGCUUCCUCUAAUCAUUAUGGCUGCAUUCAAACAGGCAUCUCAGGAGCAACAGGUGGAAACUAUUGCCUUUCAUGGACUAGUUUUGCAAAUCCUGUAUGGUUACUUUCUCCAUAGUCACAGAUCAAAGAGAGGGAACAUAGACCCCAUCUCCCCCACCUCUAGUGGGAGGAAUGGCAUUACAUCUUUGUAAGAAAAGCAUGUGGGAUGGGUUAUGUGGUGAUCAUCUUUGGAAAAUGGAAUCCUUCAGUCUUGUGCUGCUGGUUUGGUCUUCUUUCUCCCUGAUCUAGCUAAUAAUGCAAGCAGUCCCCCAUCUAGCCACUUGAACCUCAUACAUGUGCCAAGAGUUGUAAUAGGCUUAGAGGUCACAGAGACUUUUUCCUAAGGAGUAAGGUGAGAGGCAUGUAAGCACAACCACAGAUUUUGUUACAGUGUGGAGGGGAGAAACAGGAGGUGUGGAGAGAGUGUGGUGUGAGUGUAGUCGUGGGAAGGCCUGGCUGGCUCUGCCUGGGAUGUUAUGGAUGUGUUGAGUGCUUGCACUGGGGCCAUAGGUAAUGUCUCAAGAUGAAGAACAGCUGGAGCAAAGACUGCAGCGCAUACAAGUGUACUCUUUGGGGGAAGUAAGUAGCUUGCUGAAGCCAGAGUGUGGGGUUCAUAGGGUUAGGGAUUGGAGGUGAGGUUGAAAAAAGGAUGUUUGAGAUAAUUUUCUGUGAAGGCCUUGCAUGUCAUAAUGAAUUUGAGUUUUCUGUGGGCAGUGGUAGCUUCUGAUGGUUUUUAAGGCAGGUUAGUGUUGUGACGAGGUGUGCACUUUAAGAAGGAUGCUCUGUUGCUUUUGGGAAGGUUGCUUAGAGGGAAGUGAGAUUAGCGAUGGGUAAACUAGCUGAGAAACUAUAUCAAGAGUUCAGGCUUAAAACAGUAUUUCAUAAGGAAAGAGGGUUCAAUUUAAAGGUUUGUGGGCUUGAAAUGGAACUAUGGCAGUGAAUGAGUAGCUGUCUCUUACAUUUUCAUAAUUCUAAAAUGGGCUGGAUAUGUUUCAGAAUUCAGGAUUUUUUUGGAUUUUAAAAAGAUGAUCUAGUACGUUUAUGAUGUAGUAUAAAAUGUGGAACAGCACACCAUAAUCCAACAUUUUGGUUUCUGUGGCAAAAUGUAUAAAUAGUCUCACUAAAUGAGAUAAAUAAAUGCUAUAAAUAGUCUUACAUUAGAUCACAUCAGAUUUCACCAAAGGUUUUACUGCCAAAUGAGUGUAGAAAACUCAAUUUUUUGGUGCUUUUUGGGCUUGGGAAUGGCAGUUAAGGAAUUGUGGGUGAGUGACAUCCACACAAUAGUCACUUUUUAGGUCAUCGGCAAAUCUCUUGAUGGUCCAAGAUCCUAGCACAGCUGCUUGGCUGCAGUAGGGGAGCUGGUCCCAUCCUGAAUAGCUUGUAGCUGAGGGAACUUUAUAGAUCUUGAGCAAGAGAUUGCACUGAUGUCAGUGUUUGUGAAGGGGAGAUAGACUUCAUAUUGUCUGAUACCUUCCCUGGCAGAGACAUGAGUCAGAGUACACCAAGUGAAGGAGAGAGGGAAGAUCAGACCAGUCAUACAGGUACGUGCAAAGGCCCUGAGGCAGGCUUAUGUGUUUGUAGCCCAGAAGGAUGUAGUAGAGUGGAGCAAAGAGAGCCAGCCAGCUAGAGAGGGAACAGAGGAAUAAGUGGUUAGCAUUUAUAUCACAACUGGGCACUGUUCUAAAUACUUGACGCAGAUUAUCUCACCCAAUCCUUACGGCAACCCAGUGAUUGAUUCCUAUCUUAUUAUUAUUAUUAUUUCCAUAUUAGAGGUGAGAAGAUUGAGUUUUAGAGAUGUGAAAAAACAUGGGGUGGUACCACACAUUGCCCUGAGCUGUUUGGCUUGCCCUUGUUACUCCUGAUGGUAGGACUGAGAGCGGCACUUUCUGGAUGAGUGUGUGGGCUUGCUGGCUACAGGCUGGGCUGGCCCUUGGUGCUUUAUCACUCCUCAGUCACAGCCAGCUCCUGGGGAGUGCAUGUGCUUGUGUAUGCACACACCAUUCAUUAACUUCCAUAUAGAGCAGAGGAUCCUGUCCUGGAGAUAUGUGGAGAAGCAGUAGGAAACUGCUCUGGGACUCUGGGUAAGUUUGUGUAGAGAAGCAGUGGAGCCUGGGAAUAGGGGUAUUGUGUUCUCUUAUGGAAAGAGGAACAAGUUCUGUUUUACAAUUUAGAAAAAAUGGUCAUAGUCUGGCAAACUAAGGCCUGAGGGCUAAAGUAGAGGCCUGGACUGGACUGGAACAGCGGUUUCCUGUGGGCUAUCCAGCCACUCUUAAUGUUUACAGAUUUGCUAAGAAUCCAGUCCUCUGAGGGACUGAGAAAAUUGCUUUGAUCUGCAUGGCUUAGAAGGUUAGGUGAGCAGAGGCCUCUGGAAGUGGAUGUGGGCCACCUAAUUCCCAAUGUCUGGAGAUGAGUGAAGGCUUUUACUUGUCAUCUGCAGGGUUGUGAGGAUGGUGUCCCUUGGGGUUUUACACCAGUCUGAGAGCUUGCUGGUCUGAGGUGGCUCAUGGAUAAGUCAGAGAUGGUUCUGCUCCUCCAGCCUUGAGGUGCAUGGCUGCUUCCUAAUCCUGAGGUCCAGAGAAAGCAUCCCUAGAGCUGUGGAAGUGAACUAGGCAAGCCAAGGGCAGCCUUGAGCCCCACCCUUGCCUGCCACCCCCUCGGGGGCCAGGAUGCUGAAGAAGCAGUCUGCAGGGCUUGUGCUGUGGGGCGCCAUCCUCUUUGUGGCCUGGAAUGCCCUGCUGCUUCUUUUCUUCUGGACACGCCCAGCGCCUGGCCGGCUGCCCUCUGACAGUUCUCUGGAUGAUGAUCCUGCCAGCCUCACCCGCGAGGUGAUCCGCCUGGCCGAGGACGCGCAGGUGGAGUUGGAAAGGCAGAGGGGGCUGCUGCAGCAGAUCAGGGAGCAUCAUGCUCGGUGGAGCCAGAGGUGGAGGGUGCCCACUGCUGCCCCACCCAUUCCACCGCGUGUGCCUGUGUCCUCACCACCAGCCGUGAUCCCCAUCUUGGUCAUUGCCUGUGACCGCAGCACUGUCCGGCGCUGCCUGGACAAGCUGCUGCACUACCGGCCCUCGGCUGAGCACUUCCCCAUAAUCGUCAGCCAGGACUGCGGGCACGAGGAGACAGCCCAGGUCAUCGCCUCCUAUGGCAGUGCUGUCACGCAUAUCCGGCAGCCAGACCUGAGCAACAUUGCGGUGCCCCCCGACCACCGCAAGUUCCAGGGCUACUAUAAGAUUGCACGGCACUACCGCUGGGCACUGGGCCAGGUCUUCCAUAGGUUCAAGUUCUCAGCAGCUGUGGUGGUGGAGGAUGACCUGGAGGUGGCGCCAGACUUCUUCGAGUACUUCCAGGCCACCUACCCGCUGCUGAAGGCUGACCCCUCCCUUUGGUGUGUGUCUGCCUGGAAUGACAAUGGCAAGGAGCAGAUGGUGGACUCGAGCAAGCCAGAGCUGCUCUACCGCACAGACUUCUUUCCUGGCCUGGGCUGGCUGCUGUUGGCUGAGCUCUGGGCCGAGCUGGAGCCCAAGUGGCCCAGGGCCUUCUGGGAUGAUUGGAUGCGCAGGCCUGAGCAGCGGCAGGGCCGGGCCUGUGUGCGACCUGAAAUCUCCAGAACGAUGACCUUUGGCCGCAAGGGUGUAAGCCACGGGCAGUUCUUUGACCAGCACCUCAAGUUCAUCAAACUGAACCAGCACUUCGUGCCCUUCACCCAGCUGGAUCUCUCAUAUCUGCGGCAGGAGACCUAUGACCGAGAUUUCCUUGCCCGUGUCUAUGGGGCUCCCCUGCUGCAGGUGGAGAAAGUGAGGACCAGUGAGCAGAACGAGCUGGGGGAGGUGCGGGUGCAGUACACAGGCAGGGACAGCUUCAAGGCCUUUGCCAAAGCCCUGGGCGUCAUGGAUGACCUCAAGUCUGGUGUUCCCAGGGCUGGCUACCGGGGCAUUGUCAGCUUCCUAUUCCGGGGCCGCCGUGUCCACCUGGCUCCCCCACAGACCUGGGAUGGCUAUGAUCCUAGCUGGAAUUAGCGGUGCCUGUUCCUCCUGGGCUCCUUCCUUGCCAUAUCAUGGGAUGAGAUGGGACCGUGUCCUUAGGCUGCAUCGCCCUCUCUGUGUGUCUCUCUUGGGUACAUUUAUCUUUUUUUUUCUUUUUUUCUUCUUUUUUUGAGUGGCAUUCAGAAGCACAGAGGAUAAGGUGAGGGUUAUUCUCCCAUUCUCAAGGGGGGUGGAUCACAUCAGGGGAAACUUCCUGGGAUAUGUCGAGCAGUAUUAAGCAAGAAACCACCGUGUGGUAGGGGAGAGACUUGGGCAUGUUGGAGCCAUAGACUUCCAUGUUCCAGGUUUUCUCCUAGAGCAUCUGCAGAGAGGUGAGCAACUUUAGUUCUCUUGACCAGCUCUCUUUCCCCUGUCCCGGCUCUUCCAGCCAGGGUGUGAGCUCACCUCCUAUACCUGCUCCCCACCCCUACCUUCCCCCAAUUUGAGGGGUUGCUGGGUUAUUUGAAAAGGGGACUUAUCUGUGGCCAAAAUGAAACUAACCAAAGGGGUUUCAUCAUCAGAGUCUGGGUGGAGCUGUUAGGCUUUCAGGGUUUACUGCCACCUACUCUUAUUUCUCUUCUACCCUUCUCCUUAUCCCUGACCUCCUUUCUGCUCUUCUUUCCUUGCAGCUUAACAAUUUGUGAUUCUAAGAUGAGAAGUUGAAGGGGGAAAGCAAGACGUCUCCUCAGUUUGUCUGCAGAAGUUGGGGGAAAGGUGGUAGGGGGAAAGCCUUGGUGUGCUGGGACAUACCUCCCUCAUCCUGCCUCAAAGAAACAGACUCUGUUCCUGGAUCCUGACCUUUCUAGAAAUUGAUCCCUUCCCUUUUGCUCUAGGAGGUUCAUGCUGGCUUUGUGGAAGAGAGAUUAGCUCCUUGUGUCCCUUUUCCCCUGGGGUUUGGUGCACAGGCUCCUCCCUAAAGGUUGUGGUUUCUGGUGGCCUUCCCAGGGUGAGGUAGAACAGCCAAGACAGGAUGGCUCCUGCCUCCCUCCGCUGUCUCCGGGGCAUAUCCUUAUCUGCUCAGAUUAGGAUGAGGAUGGCAAGUUGGAGAGCAAUGUGUGUGUUUUUGCUUCUGGCCUGACCUCGGUUCAUGGAAGAAAGUUGAAGCUACAGAAUUAUUUUCAAAAAUAAAGGCUAAAUUGUCCGAAAAA